AUUGGUACUAUAGCUAUUAUCGGCAAUAUCGUUUCCAUCAUUUGGCAUUUAAAAAUCAGGAAACAAGAUAUGCUAAUUGUUAAAACACUAAUUACUAAUUUAUCUAUUGCCGAUUUGCUAAUGGGAUUCUAUUUAAUUUUAAUUGCCUCAGCUAAUCUGUUUUAUUCUCAACGAUAUUCAGAAUAUCUUGAAGUAUGGUUGCGUAGUGCAUUAUGUUUAAUAGCAUCCUUCUUAGUUUCUCUAUCUAGUUUAAUGUCGACUUUUGUGCUCUUACUUAUAACCAUCGACCGCUAUUUAUAUUUUACCUAUCCAUUUUUCGAUUAUCGUUUAUCAUAUAAGGCAAACGCAAUAACUUUGUUAGCACUAUGGUCAAUUUCUAUUAUUUUUACUGGUAUCCCUAUCCUAUAUAGCAUAAAUCAACCGGCCGCUAAUCGAUUAUAUGGGACAACUAGUGUUUGUUUACCAAGCAAUAUCAGAAAUCAAUAUCUGCUCAUCUGGCUACUGUCAUUUUGCGGUACUACUUUCGUUACUUGGGUAGCCAUAACUAUAAUGUAUGUUGUCAUUGUUAUUGAAAUUAUUCGCUCACGAAAACUCACGCAAAGUAAAAUAUCAUUGGAGGAUAAUAUUAUCAUCUUUAAAAUGAUAUCUAUUGUAGCUACAGACUUAAUUUGCUGGAUGCCGUUAUACAUUGUUAUAAUUCGUGUUUUCUUCGGGCAAGGAUUCGAUAUGGAUUCCCUAUCCUUCAUUGCUACUAUGUCCCUACCGUUAAAUUCUUGUAUUAACCCGAUCUUAUACACAAUUUUCACUAAAAAAUUCAUUAAAUAUGCAAGGAUAUUUCUAAUGCAGUGCCGGUGCCAUAACUGCUUAACGAUAUAUUGUAAUCAUCUGCCUUCAACCUCUGAUGGACCAGGCAAAGGUAGCUUAAAAUACGUAAAGUGA